AGAAUCGAGCGCAAAUCACCCGAGCAGGAGCUGACGAGGAGCGGAGACGCCGCUGCCCAGGACUGCCUCUUAAUUGCGCGUAAUCUUCCGUUUCAUCCAUCUGACCAGAGAAGACUUUGUGGAGAAGGAGGUGUUUCAUCUUCCUUGGUUUUUCUUUCUCACCGUGGACUGUUUGUUGCCAAAAAAAAAAGUGACAUUUUGCGUGUGUUUUUGUCAGCUGCACCUUGAUCCGGGGACUGUCGCCAACUCAGAGCAGCCUCUCAUCCUGCGCUUCCCUUUUCAUCGCUCUCACGGUGUUCAUCUUCACAGCUGCAGCUUCCCCCUCUUUUUUUUCCCUUCUGGAGUCGCUGACAUGAGGUGCAGCUAACCCUGGAUGCUGACAGCUCCCCUUUUUCCUUCCACAUGUCGCAUCUUUUGUUUACUUUGAGAAAACACACGAGCAACUAAACGCCAAGUGAAACAGACCACGCCACUUUGCUCCUCUGACAGCGCGAUCAAACAGACACAAGAGGAGGGGAGGCAGGGAGGAAAAAAAGGAGGGAGCCAAGGAGAGGAGGAUAGAGAGAGAGAGGAGAGAGAGUGAGAGAGAGAUAGCGACAGUGUGAAGGUGCGUUUUGAUGUUUGGCAUCCACGAGAGCAUCCAGAGGAGUGGGAGUAGUAUGAAAGAGGAGCCCAUGGUGGCCGGGAUGAACGCGGUUCGGACAUGGAUGCAGGGCGCCGGAGUGCUGGACGCCAACACAGCCGCCCAGAGCGGAGUGGGUCUUGCUCGGGCACACUUCGAGAAGCAGCCGCCCUCAAACCUCCGCAAGUCCAACUUCUUCCACUUCGUGCUGGCGUUAUACGACAGACAGGGUCAGCCCGUGGAAAUAGAGAGAACCACCUUCGUGGACUUUGUGGAGAAGGAAAAGGAAACGACGGGGGAAAAGACCAACAAUGGGAUCCAUUAUAGACUCCAGCUCCUCUACAGUAACGGCAUCAGAACAGAGCAGGACCUUUAUGUUCGCCUCAUCGACUCCAUGACUAAACAGCCGAUCGUGUAUGAAGGCCAGGAUAAAAACCCUGAGAUGUGUCGGGUCCUGUUGACCCAUGAGAUCAUGUGCAGUCGAUGCUGUGAUAAGAAGAGUUGUGGCAACAGGAACGAGACCCCAUCAGACCCUGUCAUCAUCGACAGGUUCUUCCUCAAGUUCUUCCUGAAAUGUAACCAGAACUGCCUGAAGAAUGCAGGGAACCCUCGAGACAUGAGGCGUUUUCAGGUGGUUGUGUCGACUACGGUGAGCGUAGAGGGUCAUGUCCUGGCCGUCUCUGACAACAUGUUUGUGCACAACAACUCCAAACACGGACGCAGAGCUCGGCGACUUGACCCGUCGGAAGGAACACCUUCCUACCUGGAACACGCGACCCCGAGCAUCAAAGCCAUCAGUCCGAGUGAAGGAUGGACCACAGGGGGCGCCACCGUCAUCAUCAUCGGGGACAACUUCUUUGACGGGCUGCAGGUCAUUUUCGGGACCAUGCUGGUCUGGAGCGAGCUGAUCACCCCCCAUGCCAUUCGUGUGCAAACUCCGCCCAGACACAUCCCCGGGGUGGUGGAGGUCACGCUGUCCUACAAAUCCAAACAGUUCUGCAAAGGCACACCUGGACGCUUCAUCUACACAGCACUGAAUGAGCCAACCAUAGACUACGGCUUCCAGAGGUUACAGAAGGUCAUCCCCAGACACCCCGGAGACCAAGAGAGAUUACCCAAGGAGGUGAUCUUAAAGAGAGCAGCCGACCUGGUGGAGGCUUUGUACGGGAUGCCUCAUAACAACCAGGAGAUGAUUCUGAAACGAGCGGCGGAUAUCGCGGAGGCCCUCUACACGACAGUGCCACGAGGGCACAACCAGCUUGCCGGUCUUGGCAGCGGCUCAGUCCACGCUGGCAUGAUGGCUGUGAACUCCUUCACCGGGUCAGAGGUAGCGCAAACAGCCAAUCAGGGUUUCAGUAGGAGUACAAGCAGUGUGUCCCCUCAUGGUUAUGUCCCCAGCUCCACCCCCCAGCAGAGUAGCUACAGCUCUGUCUCCACUAGCAUGAAUGGCUACGCUAACUCUGGCAUGGCAACCUUAGGCACCUCGCCCAACUUCCUCAAUGGAUCUGCAGGCAACUCGCCCUAUGCUAUCGUCCCGUCGAGUCCUACCAUGGCCUCAUCAACCAGCCUGCCCUCCAACUGCAGCAGCUCCUCUGGCAUCUUCUCCUUCUCUCCGGCCAACAUGGUGUCCGCCGCCGUCAAGCAGAAGAGCGCCUUUGCCCCUGUCGUGAGACCCCAAAAUUCCCCUCCACCCACAUGCACCAGCGCUAAUGCCAACAGCCUACAAGCAGCGAUUCCUGGGAUGAUCGUUCCACCCAUGUAGAGGAUCUGGAGAUUUGGGAAUGUUGGGAGGAAAAAGACACAGUAGCAGAGUCUGGCGAGCCUCUGUUAUGCUCCGGAGCUGAAGUGAAGAUAAGACGCAGGACUCUGUAAAACUCAGGCCUUUCCAUUGGGAUUUCAUCUGAAGGGAUAGGGGGAGGAGGAAGAAGGGACGGCACGAACCUUUGUGAUGUUAUUUCCCUCUCGGUCGAAUUAGCGUAGCUUCUCUGACACAGCGUUGGAUGGAGUGUAUAGAGACUGAUAGUUUACCCACAGUGUGACACUGACCUCAUGAAAGGAGCAUUUAUUUAUCUUUAUGUUUAUGCCUGUAAGGUUUGGGUUUGAUUACUGGAGAGCCCCCACGCCAUCUCGCAAUCCGUACAACUCGCACAAACAACACUCAAGUGUUGGUUUGACCAUGAAGUUUACAUAACCUCUGUCACAAUAGAUGCUUAGCUCGGCAUGCUUGCUAAAACCACGAAACAACACACCGGCCAAAUGAAACUAAGGUCAUGAAAACAAAAUUACACAAAAGAAUAAAAUCAACCCUUGAUUUUGCUGCUAAUUAUCCCACAAAUCUCCGAGUUGUGUAACAAAAUCUCCCUCAAAUCAGAAAACAUGCCGUUCUUUUUAUGUUUGGUUUGUUUGUUUGAAUUUAAAUAAAACUGUGAGGAUUGAGCUGUUUGCAAUAUGCUUUUCUGCUUGUCAUGUGAAGAAAAAGGCGAAGAUUUAGCCAAAUCUUUUUGAAGGGGAUUUUAGAGAAGACUUGAAAAGCCAGAGGAUGUGUGAGUCCAGCCAGCACUGUACUGAAGGAGUCUAGCAAAUAUCAAAUUAGAAUAAAUGCGUGAUAUAUGUGAUAUAUUUUUGUAUAUAAACAAACUUUUUCAUUUGAUAUUUUCUUUUUUGCGUUAGCUCUAGUUUGAAAUGUAAACAUUAAAUGUCUUAAGGCAGCUUCUCAGUACAGAAGAUAGAUUUACUGUGCGUGUCAAUAUCUCAUCUGCUAAACAUGAGAAACAUGGAUUUGGAUACAAAAAGGGGAUUCCUGUAAAAUAAUCCUAUAAAUAAUGUAUUUAUCCCUUGUAUUUGUACAUUGCCUCUCACCCUUGUUUAGUUGUGUUGUGUAAGUUUAAUACAGUAAGUGGACAUAUUUCACUGUGUUUUGUUGCAUUAUUUACUGUUGUCUCUCACUAUUUAAAUGUGACUUUUUGUUUUGUAUGUUGUUUUGCAUCGGUAAACCAUGCUGUCAUUUGUUGAAUCAAAAACAUGCCAUUGUCUAUUUUUGUAUUAUUUGUAAGUUAAUAAAAAGUUAAUUUUU